CUCAUUGCUGUAUAAUGAGCAGAUGUGUGUGCUUUCUCUUUGCAUGUAGUCAAGAUGUGUCUAAAGAGCCCAUUGUAGAAGUGAGGACAGAGGAAGAGGCCACAGCCAAUCACGACGCAGAAGGCCAUCCUGAGCCCAAUGAGACCACACCGCUGACCGAACCAGAGCAAGUUACGGAAACUGCCGCCACGGUGUUGGACUUGCCUCUUUCUGUGCCCACUAACUCCGACACAGUCACUGACACCUUUGACCUUAGCCAGAGCAGCCCAGUUAGCGAGAGCACCACUCUCACCUCCAGCAUCACAGCACCUCCCUCUGACCCUCCUAACCCCUUCCACAUGACACCACCCAACAGCAGCACGCCCAAAUCUCACACCAAACCCUCCAUCUCAUCUACUCCGUCUCCCGACCCGGCUAAUGUUACUCUCCUGGUAGACCUGGGUGAUUCCCCAGAGCCACAAGCUGAGGUUCCUCCAGUGGUCCCUUCAGAAGAACCAGUCCCAGUGCCUCCUUCCCCUCACAGCGUUGUCCAACCAGAUGUUGUAAGCUCAAAAGUCACAGAAAACGAAUUAGAGUCGCCCGAGUCUCAUGCCACUUUAAAUCCCAUCAGCCCACAGGACAGCGUCGCGAUGCCCUUAGUGAAUCAUGAACAUGAGAUUGAUGGAGAGCUCACACUGGCACCAGACACAGACGUCCCUCAGGAUGGGUCACAUGCUGUAGGGACAGCUGGCUCCAGUGGCCCAUCUGUUCCAGCACAGGACGAGAAAAUUCUGGAUGAGAAGAGUACAACUGAGCUGAAGAACGUUAUGCCGGGCACUGGAGCAGAACCCAACACCCUCACGCAAACAAACGCCACUGAAAGUAAAGCAUGAGAAGAUGAGUAGAGGAGUAAAAGCAUUGUGGUGACCAUGGACGAACGUGUUUGUUUAACAGUGCCCUUAAUGAAUUUUCUGAACAAAACGGUGUAUCUACAGACAGAAGUUUCACUUAUAAUGUAUAUCUGCAUUUUCCGUUUAUUUUUGUUGAUUUGAGCAAGUUUCUGUAUCAGAGUUACAAAUUCAUAUAAUUCAAAGAUAUUCUUAUAGAGCUUCUUGUGUUUCUUUGUACAUUUUUUUCUCCAUCAAAAGGAUCAUUAUUAUAGCAGGGCAUCAAGUUAUUCAGGAGAAUGAUUUAUUCAGUAAUACAUGAACGAUUUAUUUGCAAAGUACAUUGUUAAAAUUUCUCCUAUUUUUUUAUCUUGAGUGUUUG